CGAACAUCCAAGUGGUGGGUAUAGGAAGUUGUUUGAAACAGUGGAGGAAACUGCUCAGCCAUUGCCAACCUGCAUAAAAGGCACAAUUCCUUCGUGGUUAAAAGGCAGCCUGCUGCGAUGCGGACCUGGGUUAUUUGAAGUUGGCUCGGAACCAUUUUAUCAUCUAUUUGAUGGACAAGCUCUCCUUCACAAGUUUGAUUUUAAGAAUGGAGAAGUCACCUAUUACAGAAGAUUUGUUCAAACUGAUGCCUAUGUGAGAGCAAUGACUGAGAAACGAAUUGUGAUCACUGAGUUUGGUACUUUUGGAUACCCUGAUCCAUGCAAGAACAUUUUCUCCAGGUUUUUCUCCUAUUUCGAAGGAGUAGAAAUUACUGAUAAUGCUUUGGUAAAUUUGUAUCCAAUUGGAGAAGAUUUCUAUGCCUGCACUGAAACAAACUUUGUAACUAAAGUCAAUCCAGAGACACUGGAAACAAUACAGAAGGUGGACCUUUGCAACUACUGUACAAUUAAUGGUGCAACAGCCCACCCUCACAUUGAAAGUGAUGGAACUGUCUACAACAUUGGCAAUUGCUUUGGGAAAAGAUUUGCAUUUGCGUACAACAUUAUUAAAAUACCUCCGCUGCAGCCAGACAGACAAGAUCCCUUGAGAAAAACAGAGGUGGUUGUGCAGUUUCCAUGCAGUGACAGAUUCAAGCCUUCGUAUGUGCACAGUUUUGGUUUGUGUGAAAACUACAUUGUAUUUGUGGAACAACCAGUCAAAAUUAACCUGUGGAAGUUUCUCUCAUCAUGGAGUGUACGAAGUGCUACCUACAUGGACUGUUUUGAAUCAAAUGAUUCGAUGGGAACAUGGUUCCAUGUUGCAAACAAGAAGACUGGUGAAUACCACAAAGUCAAUUACAGGACUUCAGCAUUUAAUAUCUUUCAUCAUAUUAAUACUUUUGAAGACAACGGUUUUAUUAUUGUUGAUGUAUGCUCCUGGAAAGGGUUUGAGUUUGUAUAUAAUUACCUGUGGCUCGCUAACUUGCGUGAAAACUGGGAAGAGGUUAAGUUGAAUGCAAGGAAGGCACCUCAGCCAGAAGUCAGGAGAUAUGUUUUACCAUUGGACAUAAACGCGGCGAAACAUGGAAAAAAUUUAAUCUCCCUCAACACAACAACUGCCACUGCUACAGUUCGGCAAGAUGGGACAGUUUGGCUGGAACCGGAAGUACUUUUCUCAGGGCCACGGCAAGCUUUUGAAUUUCCUCAGAUUAACUAUAAGAAGUUUAAUGGAAAGGAUUACACAUUUGCUUAUGGACUGGGACUGAACCAUUUUGUGCCAGAUAAGAUAUACAAAUUGAAUGUAAAAACCAAGGAGCACUGGAUAUGGCAAGAACCAGAUACAUAUCCAUCAGAACCCAUCUUUGUUCAACAUCCAGAUGCACUGGAUGAAGAUGAUGGAGUGUUACUGACAUCAGUUGUAAGCCCAGGUCCAGGACAAAGACCUGCCUUUCUUCUAAUUCUGGAUGCUAAAGAUCUCAGUGAAAUAGCAAGGGCAGAGGUGGAGACCAACAUCCCUGUUACCUUCCAUGGAAUGUACAAACCUUGAUGUCAUGUUAUCUAGCGUAACUGGUAUAUUUACUCAAAAAUGCUGCAAUGUGUAAAAAAGCAAUGUAUGUGGAACAGAGCAUAAACAUGCUAACACAUUAUCUACCCCUUUAUAUAUAUUAUAUAAAAUAUAAUAUAUAUAUCUCAGUCACUUAUUAGUUUUGAAUUGCACAAUAAAUUGAAAUUAGCGGGCCAAUAUUGAGUUUGUGUGCAAUGCCAAGCAUUCAGUAUAUGACAGUUUGGCAGCAGAAGAUUAAUAUCUCAGAAAAAUAGUAGACUGCCAGUUGCUUUAUUUUCUAUGUUGAACUGGUAUGAGGAGAAAGAAUCUGCCUCUUUCAUGGUAUGCGAUGUAAAAUAACCACUUAACUGAGAUUCACUCUUAAUUUUCACAAUCUAUCAACACGGACUGUGCCAUAAGGUAUUGAAUGUGCUAGAUAGAAUUCUUGAUGUUGAAAAUAUUGCCUUUUUUAAAAAAAAUACCUUGUCGCCUAAGACUAAGAGAUUCUAUCUUUCCUUGCCACCCUGCCGCCUUAUCCUAAAACGCAAGGAACAACUGUUUUUAAUCUCAAAAAUCUGCUUUAGCUCUUGCCUCCUGUUGCUGUUCCCAGCUUUUCACAUUGACCUUUCUCAGCACCUUCUUAUCCAUAAUUUCCACAGCACUUUCCAAGUACUCAUUAUCCAUGCUAACCACCUCCUGUUUCUUUGAAUCCUCCUCCAUUGCCUUCCCAAACAUUCAGUUUCUUUUUCUUAUUCUCAUCAGUAGUGUAAAUACAUCCUUCAUUGUUUAUUGUUCCCUUUCAAAGCAUUUAUAUAACCCAGUUCUUGUAUUGCACAGCUACCUUUCUGUUCUCUGAAAGCAUAGUUCAUGUUCAUUCAUUCUUGCAAAAAUCCCUCAGUAAAUCCCAUCAAUUCACUUCUCUGCAGCAUGACAAAUGAAACAUGUCACCCUCUUCCACCUCAGUUCCUUCAUGGUUUAUUGUAAUAUUUCCUCUCCCCUGUAUAAUGCAGCCAGCGUAUCUCCAGCAAUAGUUUCAAUUCCCACAUGCCAUGGUCAUCUGCAUUAUACAUAACGUUCCACAUUCACUAUCUUUUCUUCACGUUGAGAACAUUUUCUGCCAUGCCAUUGGGUACAUUAGAUAUAUAUAUUAUAUAUAUAUAUUGCCAUUUGCACUAAUUCCCCGAAUCCAAAAAGCUCUUUUGCAGCAGUAAUCUACCAAUGUGAUAUUAAAAUGAGCACAAAUUAAAAUUUGCUUCAAUUAAACAUUAAAUUCUGUACCAACUUUAUCUCCCAUCCUAACCCAACCGUUCAUGAGUGUAGCUCCAUGAAUAAUGAAUACUAUUAUUUAUUCUAUUGCAUGCAGAUCUCCAUAUCCAAGGCACCACCCAAUCAAAUUCAUUUAAUUUUGAAAUAUUGUUUACUGUAGCCCCCAAAUGAUUCCCAUUUCUGAAUUCCUUUUCUCAUUACCUUUCAAUUUGAUUUUGUUCAUGUCUUUUCCCAAUGCCCCUGUGUUCUACCCCUAAAUGUCAGCAUAUCCUAAAGUCCAUUAACUUGUUGGUCCAAAUGUUAAAGCCCUAUCUCCAUAUUUUCAAACACAUUGACUUUGGAAGCUGUGCUUCCGUCUUGCAAACUCCUCCAUGUUCUCAUUUUGCCCUUGCUCCCUGAUUUCCUUCCGGCUUAUUCAACUCUCAGGUGCUUUAUUCUUUAUUUCUGGGUUGUGUAGUCUUGCCUCCUCACAACCACGUCUCUCUCCUUUUUCUUUGCCUCAACCAUAAGAGCAGAACACUAACUAUUGACACCACUCUCUUGCAUGUGUUACUUUAUUUUCUCUUUUCUGAUCUCUCAAAACCUGUACAUAUGAACAUAACAGAUCAGUGUCCAUAUUUCUUAUUUAUGUAGCUGCUUCGGAAGCUUUGCUUCACCCAAGAAAAUAAAAUAAAUUUGAGACAUUUUUUCCAAAAUAACUAAGAGGAUAAAUGAGAACAACAAAUGUUAAGAUGGGUCAGGGGGAUAAACUCAUUAAAGAAACACAAUGAGCCUGUGAUUUUAAAACCUUGGAAGUGUGUCAACAAUACUUUUACUAAGCACAGCUUUGUUCAAGGACCUAAUACUUUACAGAGUUUUAAUUGUUGAUGGUCACCAAGCUUAGGCCGUUCUCAUGCAAUUAAGUACUGCUGCUUUCUACUGACCUGCAUUUGUGUGUACAACUAUGUUGUUGAACAAAUUUGCUUGUUUUGUCAUUUCUUAUACAAUCAUUCCUUGAAAAAGGCAAAGCUAUCUUCAAAUAUCUUUCCAAAGAAAGUACUUGUGAUUAAGGCUCAGUAAAUCUGGUGUUUAAAAAUAAAGCUUCUGAAACAAUGAGGCAUUUAAGUGGAAAAGGUCAGCAAAUGAAAGCUCCACAAACUGGAAUUCUUUGCAGAUUUUGUCCUGUGAGUUCAAAUGACAUUUACUAAACCUACUAGCAAACUGAACAGCUCUUGAUAAUAAUAAUUGGAACAAAAUUAACAUCCAGCAUCUGUUUAAUUAUAUCCUUUAAAUGAAAAUAAAUAUCCAUUACAUUUUUGAAUAUGCUUAUCGGCAAAAAGGCUUGAGUUGAACUUGGUGUAGUUAAGUUAGCAUAAAAUUGAGCUACUUUUCCUGGUCUUUUUUUGCCAGCUACUAAGCGGCAGCAUAUAUAGGCAGGCAGCACUUGAGGAAAGUUGUGAUGUAAUCCAUGUUUGAUUAACCUCUUUCGACUCGGUUUCUAUGUGCAAACAUUAAGAAUGGCUCUACUAGCAGCUAUGUACUUGUCCUCUGGGUAGUAGUCAUCAUCUGGGGAAUCAGAAUCAGAAUGCUUUAUUGUCAUUGCAUGUGUCACAUACAACAAGAUUACUGUGUCUCUCCAUUUAAAAGAACUUCAAACAUUCACAUACUCAUACUUUUUACACUCCCUCCCUCCCCACUAGAGAGGCUGAAAAUAAAACAGAACAGUACAUCACAGGAACAAUGCCCAUGCCAAGUUAAACUAGUGUCCCCUUUAUGCACGUGAUCCAUAUCCCUGCAUGUCCAUGUGCCUAUUUAAAAGGCUCUUAAAUGCCAGUAUCAUUUCUGCCUCCACCACCAUGCGUGGCAGUGCAUUCCAAGCACCCACACUCUCUGAGUAAAAACAAAAUAUU